AUGGGAUAUGAAGAAGGUGAGAAUUCAAAGAAAUCAAAGGGUAUAAUUUGAGAUGCAAAGUUUUUCAAGAAUCAACUACAGUAGAACUUUUCAGAAAAAAAAACGGGACUAGAAAAAACUUCCGAAAUUUGAUUCAAAAUAUUUAGUUUCAUGACGUGUGAAUCAUUUCGUUUUACUGUUCAGUUUUAAUCUGAAAUUUUUAAUCUUUCACGAAAAGCUGCAUCAGAAAAAUAUUCUCUGAACUCGUGGCCCAAGUUUAUGGAAUAUGUUUUUUCUCGGGAAGAACUCUCUUGGUGAUUAUUCUAGAGGUGAACUUCUGUGAUAAAUAAAUUAUUUUCAGACAAAAACUUUUAAUUUUAAUUUUUUAAUGAGUUUCAGCCCCAAAAAUUCUGAAAGACUAGAUUAUUUUCAAUUUUGAACUUGAAAUAGUGGAUUGAGAAAUUUUGAAAGCAUAAUUUCUUUCUGAAAAAAACAUUUUCAUUCCAGAUUCAUCACUUUUUUAUCCACCUCGAACUGGUCGAAUUACAAUUGAUUCAAGAUGUGCUCAAGGUGUAAAUGUCAAUAAUCCAUUUUUUGAUUGUUACGGAGCAUAUUUUGUGAAAACUUCUGCAAGGUAAAAUCAAUUUUGAAACUACAGUAAUCCAAAAAAAAAAACGUCUUUUCUGAAAUUCACAAGAAAUAUCAGAAACGUGUUUCUAGCCACGGUUUUCUGCAUUUUUUAAUUACCAAUAUUUUUGUCAGAUAUUACGAAUGUUUUUCCGAAAAUGAUUGCUAUUAUAAAGCAGCUCCACGAGAAUGGUAUUAUUCAAAAGCCGAAGGAUAUAGGUUAGUUGUAGUCUGUCUAGACAUCGACUACAAUAUUUUUAGACUUUUCCCCAAAAAAAAAAAUGAUCUUUAAUGGAUAUUUUUUCAAGAGUUCCGGAGCCAUGCCGAUGCGAUUUGAAACUUCGUUCUUGUAUAAUAAAUCGCAGAAAACAUCGAGAAUUUCAAUGGGCAUUUUGUAGAUGA